UGCCAAACCUUUUGCAUACUAUGAGAAAUAACUGAAUGACAGUAGAAUAUAAAAACAGCAUCCGUACAAAAAGGAUUAGCUAAAACAAAUUCUAAACCAUUUCGGCACUAUUCUUCCAAAAUUCUACGUUAAUAUGGAGGCCAUUCCCGAUCAGAAACACUACAACCUAACGCACUACCAACAACGGUUCAAUUGGGAUUGCGGCAUAUCCUGCAUCAUCAUGAUACUGUCGACAUCGCAACGUAAUGUACUUCUACAUGAUUUCGACAAAAUAUGUGCGGAAGAAGGAUUUGGUUCCAGCACCUGGACAAUAGAUUUAUGCUUCCUGCUAAAACGCUUCCAAGUGCGUCACGAGUACUACACAAAAACGCUGGGUAUCGAUCCAAGCUACAGUGAACACAGUUACUAUACGAAAAUAAUAAAUAAGGACGAAAAACGUGUUACGCGUAAGUUUCAAGAAGCGCGCCUGCAUGGUAUACGUGUAGAGCAGCGUACAAUAGAAAUGGAAGAUCUCCUAAAGCAUAUAGGGAAACAAGGACCUGUGAUAUUAUUAACCAACGCGUCAUUACUGACAUGUGAAAUUUGUAAAAAGAAUGUAUUAGAGAAAUUCGGUUGUUUCCAACUCUCUUGUAUCGUUAACAAUACACGCACACCCCAAAGUUAUGCAGGACACUAUAUUGUGCUAUGUGGCUAUGAUUUGAAAUCUCAACUAGUUUUCUAUCACAAUCCGGAAGUGCAUGACGAACAUGUCUGUCGUUGCACAGCAGCCGCAAUGGAUAUAGCGCGGAAAGCGUAUGGCACAGAUGAGGAUGUUAUACUGAUUUAUCGGAAUUGAGAACAAUCAUAAUACCAUUAGUAUUUACUUAAAUGAGUUACAGUUUUUGCUAGCAUAUAUAGUAAGGAGGACGUGUUUAGCUUUAAAACGAGGAAACGAGGAGGU